CUUCGCAAUCUCGACGCGACGAACAACAAGCUGCGCGAGAUACCGCGAGAAAUUGGAAAUUGCGUCAACAUUACGCGUCUUGUGCUCGCGGCGAACGUCAUAGAGACGCUACCGGAUGAAAUCGGGGCGCUGGUAAAGCUCAAGACGCUCAUCGUCGACGGCAACCGACUGCGCGCGCUGCCGGCGACCAUCGGAUCGUUAAAGGCGCUGCAGACGCUCAGUGCGUGUGAAUGCGAGUUAUCGACGAUUCCUACGACGAUUUCGACGUGUAUCGCGCUGACGACGGUGAAGUUUGCGAGGAAUAAGUCGCUCGAUUCGAGCGCGUUGGAUGCGCUCGCCGACUGCGAGCGACUCGAGGAAAUCGACGCGAGCGCGUGCGCACUCACCGUCAUCCCCGCCGCGCUGGGGCGAUUAAAAAGGCUUCGAAAGCUUAACAUCGAUGACAAC